AUGAUGACCAGGAACAUCCCGUACGUGAGUAGCAUCGUGGACACCUCGAUAUCGGAACCGGCCGCGGGUGAUCUUGUACUCUCGAGGAGUCCCGGUGAUUCGACCCUGACGUCGAAGCUCUCUUUCGAUUACUCUUUCCUCCCGGAAAACUACACCAUUGACUACGGCGCAAGCAGUUCCUACUUCUCAUGGUUGAACGAGACACCGGGAUUCCAAUGCGAUAUUUUCCCGCAGACUGUCGGCACCAAAGCCUUCCUCGGCAUCGUCUUCGCCCUCGUCACCAUCGUCUGUGGCCCUGGCAACUGCCUUCUCUGCUUCCUCAUCGCAAGACACAAGCGACUUCGGAGCGUCACCAACCUCCUCAUCGCAAACCUGGCGUUCUCGGACGCUUUGGUCGCUCUCAUUUGUGCGCCGUUUUCCUUACAAUAUUACCUUGCUCAGAGCUGGAUCCUUCCCGACUUCAUGUGCCCGUUGAUGGCGAUGACGAAGAACGUUUCUCUCUACGUGUCCGUCAACACCCUUCUCGUAAUUGCGGUCGACAGGUAA